AUGGACACAUCGGAAUUGUGGGAUUCAGAUUUCGACCUAGAGACAGCCUUACAAAACAUAGAAAACUUUGAAUACCAGGAAAAUUUAAGUACACAACCAUUUGGAACAUUUUCACUAGACGUUCCCAAUGUCAAUCACUGGACAUUUAAGACAAAUCAAACUACUGACACUGAAAAACAAGAAGAUACAACACAAAAUAUCAAUCACACAUCAAAUUUACCACCUAACAUAGACUUUCUGGAAGACAGCAAUGAUUUUCAUGAUAUAAUUCUAGAGACAAUAUCUGAAACAAAUACUGGUACUGAUAUAAAUGUAGCUACAUGUUCUUCAAAUGUCAACAAAACAGCUACAUGUAUUGCCCCUCCAAGUUGCUCAAAGUCUGAUAAAUUCAACAAGAGAUUUGAACAGAUAAAUGAAAAUGAAAGAGAGCAAUUUAUGCUUGACAGAGAGAAUGACAAUACUAAAAGAAAAAUGAAAAGUUGUGUAAAGAUUUUUACUGAUUACAUUUUAAGUAUCAGAAAUGUUCAAGAGGAGAUCUUUAAUAUUGAUCCAAAACAGUUAGAUGAGUAUCUACAAGAAUUUUAUGUUGGUCUCAGAAAAGAAAAUGCCAAAGAAGGCGAAUCAAAUGAGUAUCAACCCAGCACACUUGAUGGGUACAUGUCCAUGAUUUGCCGAUAUCUGAAGCAAAAUGGAUAUAAAUAUGACAUUAAAAUAGAUGAUGAGUUUAAGAAAUCCAGAGAUUGCCUCAAAGCAAAAAAACAACAACUGAAAGAGAUGGGAAUGGGCAACCGACCAUAUGUUUCAGACGCAGUGGAAUUAUCUGAUGAGGAGACCAUGAUAGAGGCAGGGUCAUUAGGCAUGGACAACCCUGAAGGUCUGGUCACUCUCCUGUGGUACUUAAAUACACGAAAUUUUGGACUACGUGGAUGCCAUGAGCAUAGGCAGUUGAAGUGGGGGGAUGUUAAAUUGGUUGCUACCCCAGAAAAACACCUGGUCUAUAAUGAGCGACUCACAAAAACAAGGGAUGGAACAAACUGCAAAAAUACCAGAGCAUAUGCGCCUAAAGCAUGGAUAAACCAUGACAAUCCCGAAAAAUGUCAUGUAUCUGCAUACGAGAAGUAUAAAAAUCACAGACCGCAAGAAAUGCAGAAUGACACCAGUCCAUUUUAUCUUGGAAUAAACCAUUCUAAAAAAGGCAAAGCGGUCACUUGGUACAAGAACAUGCCUAUGGGUGAAGGAAAGCUUCGCACACUGAUGAAAUCUGCAGCAACAAAAGCCAACAUAACAGACAAAAAACUCACAAAUCAUUCUGGUCGUAGGACAGCUGUAACACGUCUUAUAGAAGAGGGCCUUCCAUUAACUGUUGUUCAACAGCAUACAGGCCAUAAAAACAUUCAAUCCCUCUUAUCAUAUCAGAAAAACAGUCUUAAGAAACAAAAAGAAAUAGCACAUGUGUUAGAUGGUGGUUCUUCCGAGUCAGUAUCAAACAGUAAAGGUCAACCAGAACAAAGAUCUGAAAGUCCAGGUGUACCAACUAAAUCAGAUCAAAACAACAAUACAGACACUUCUCAACUUAAAAAUUCAGCAAUGCUCUUUCCACAGGGAACUAUAAUAAAUGGAGGAAAUUUCAAUUUCAAUUUUGGAAAUUCAACUACUUCAAGUACUUGCCAAGAUGACAAUGCUGGUCCAAAACCCAAGCGCAGACGUGUUCAGGUUAUUGAAUCAGACAGUGACUGAUCUACUGAUAUAUUAAUCUAUACAUUUGUUUCAUACAUGAAAUAAU